AAAUAAAUAAAUAUAUAUAUACAUACACACACACACUGUAUCUUUCGCUCCAUAAGACGCACCUGACCAUAAAAUGCACCUAGAUUUUAGAGGCGGAAAACAAGAAAAAAAAAUUCUGAACCAAUGGACUGCAGACAUAGUACAGGAGAUGACCAGAGACUGCGGACACAGUACAGGAGAUGACCAGAGACUGCAGACAUAGUACAGGAGAUGACCAGAGACUGCGGACAUAGUACAGGAGAUGACCAGAGACUGCGGACAUAGUACAGGAGAUGACCAGAGACUGCAGACACAGUACAG